CUAUUCAUGUAUUUACGGUAGAGCCUUCUGCCACACGGAAGACAAGGUUCCAGCUAGCUAGAAACAACACAGGGAUGUAACAUUUUCUAGUGCGUCGGUUGUUUUUCGCGUUUUUAAUAAAUAUAAUUGCGCGAGGAGGCUUUUUUUUUUUCAUAUAUUGUUCUCAAAUAUUCGCACGAGUCGACAUGGCGACGUGCAUUCCCUUUCAACCCAGCUAUCCUCUAUAAUGGAGGUUUUGGUUAAAGCAGCAGUGACAGAGAUAUCCAAACUAGUCGAUGACAAAUGUGCUUUUUUGCAUCUCGAAAUAUCCCGAAAGCAAAGCGAGAAUGAGAUGCUGAAAAGGAAAUUACUAAUGAUGGAGAACAAAAAUGCCCAGCUGCAGCGGGGCUUUGAAAACUACAUGGACAGAGGAACUGAUGAGGGGAGCUGUCCUCCUACAGGAGAUAUUAAGUUUCCUGACAUUGACGACGCCACUUAUCCGUUCACGAUAAAAGAAGAGAGUUCAGAUGAGAUGCUGUGGAUCAGCGACCCUGCUGGACCGAUUGGUUCUGCUGUACAUUACCGCACAGGUAAUGCUCCGGAGAGCCAGCAGUUUGAAGAUGGGCCACUUAACCGUUCCGAGGUCGCCACAAGAAAAUCAUCCGAGUUCAGUGACUUGUAUAACUCUGGUCAGCAUGCGGGAGACAUUGACGGCCCUCAGAUCACCAUCAAGACGGAGAAGGAGGAGGACCGAUCCCGAUUCAACCAGGAUGGAUGCCAGCACGGCGCGGGGAAGCACAUUCAACUCGCUGCUGACUUUUCCGUGGACGAACGAGAGAAUCAGCUCUGGUCGUCCAUAAUAGAAGGGAAUGACAUUGAUGCCGGCUUCCCUGACUUUUCCAGUGUGGUAGAGGAGUAUUCCAACACAUUCCCGGACAAUUCGGAUGUUCACGUGGUUUCUAACGCCGCCAGUCUGCCGGCGUGCAGCAGUUGUCCUCUCAGAGGCCGUGCAAUGGGAUCUACAGCAAGCUCAGGCUGGCCCGCUGCAGCCGGACAGGCAGAAGGAGCAAGUGUACUUGCAGAGAAACCCUCACAUGUUGGACACGCGAGGCAGCCGGACGAACACGCUGAGAGGGAGGGUGCAGCGGGAGACAAACCGGCCGUCAGUCACUCGCACAACACUUUGACGACAGGCAGCUUCAAAGCUCUGUCGGGCCCGUCGCGAGGCUACUCCUGCUCGCUCUGCGGGAAGACGUUCGGCCGCCUGCACCAGUUCAAGCUGCACCAGCAGAGCCACAAGAGGAAGCGGGCGUUCUGGUGCACCGUGUGCGGGAAAAGCUUCCAGUUCGUCCCACCUCAGCAUACACCACCGGACGCACACGGGCGAGAAGCCCUACGGCUGCGGGCAAUGCGGAAAGCGUUUCACGCAGCAGAGCAGCCUGAGGGUCCACCAGCGCACGCACAGCGGGGAGCGGCCCUACAGCUGCUCGCUGUGCGGGAAAAGCUUCAUCCUGAUGCACCAUCUGAAACGCCACAGAAUCAUUCACACCUACAGCUGAGAGGGAGAGACUUCUACGGCACUGUUGCUCAGUCAGCAGAGGGCUUUCCAUGA